GAUAGUAAGCACUGCACGGUAUCUAAUCCCAUAGGUCACUAUGAUCCUUCCAUUAGAAGUCCCCAAUAACGUGAUAGAAAUUGCCUUGAUAUACUUUCUUUAUUGCUAGCUAUAUAUUCUGCACCCCAUUCCCCCAUACCAGACUUUUAAACCAAACAACAAUUUCUUUUAUACCAAAAUCCUCUCAAAAGCUGUGAAAUUCAAUUCUUUCUCUCUCACUAUCCACAUGAUGGAAGAAGAUGAGAAUAUUCAGGCAUCAAUAGGAGAAAAUGUAGAAAGCUUCACCUGCAGCUUGGAGCCACCUCAAAACUCAAGGAAGAAAAACAGGAAAGUAGAGAACAAGAGGAGAUUCAGUGAUGAACAGAUUAGAUCACUAGAAUGCAUAUUUGAGUCAGAGUCAAAGCUGGAACCAAGAAAGAAGAUUCAGCUUGCAAAAGAUCUUGGAUUACAGCCUCGCCAAGUUGCAAUAUGGUUCCAGAAUAGAAGGGCAAGGUGGAAAUCAAAAAGGAUGGAGAAGGAGUACAGGAAACUCAAAGAUGAAUAUGACAAUUUAGCAUCAAGGUUUGAGUCCUUAAAGGAAGAGAAGGAGUCUUUGCAAUUAGAGUUGCAGAAGCUAAGUUAUUUGAUGGAAACAUCUCAUGAUGGUGGGAAGGUUGGCAAAGAAAAUAGCACAGAAGAUGGGGGUUCAGGAAGUGGGUACAGCAAUUGCAGGGGUGAAGGAAAGGUAAGGUUUUCAAAUGAGGGUUUGGAGGACAGAGUAGGUGUGUAUUCAGAUGAUCAAAAUGAAAUCAGCAAAAGGGCUGAGAAACCUGACCAACUUCUGAGAAUGGAUGAUGAUCAUGAUGCAGAGACUCCAUUCACAUCACUUGAAAAAUGGUACAGGGUGGACCCAAGUGGGAUCUUAGACCAGGCAUGUAACAGUUCUCAGUGGUUAGAUUUCUGGACUUGAAAAGUUGCAUGCACCAAACUUCAUGUUGCAGCAUGUUUGGUGUUUGAUGCAACAUGGAACUUGAAGCACUGGUACUCAAAACAUGGCAUCCUCAGCAGGAUGUUGAAACUUGAAACUCAUGUCUGUUAGGCCAGGAAACUCUCCAAGUUUUGUAGGCUUGUUUUGAUAGAGAAGAAAUUAAGUUAAGAUAGCCUCACUCAAUUCAUUUGUUCACACUGAUUAGGGAGAAGAAAUAAUGUGCAGUGUUAGUUUCUGUUUAUUUAUCCUACCAUGCCUUUCCAAUUUAUGUCUUUGCUCUCUUCCAUUGAUUAAGCAGGAUUACCAUUUCUUGUUCA